CAGAUACAGGUUUGGUCGAUUGAUCGAGUUAGCCGUUACGUUCUGUAGCGAAAUUUAGACUGGCUAAUUUAGAACGAGCCAUCACAAAGUAAGCUGAUCACGAGUCUGAUGCUCUGAUAAAAGGAGCUCAGUUUUUACAUAUCGCCGUCAGGUGCUUAGUUAAACGCCGACUGCGCGUUCUCUCCACUUCACACCGUGUCGCGGCCAUGGCGUACACGGAGAGUAGGCAGCGUUUAGUCGUGCUUGGCUCGGGCAGAGUCGGAAAGACCUCCAUAGUAACGCGCUUUCUCAAGGAGUCGUUCUCAGAGCAGUAUAAAGAGACUAUAGAGGACCUGCACUGCAAGGAAUAUAUCAUCGGAUCGACGAGAAUCAAAGUGGACAUUCUGGACACGGCUGGAUCGUGGUCAUUUCCAGCCAUGAGACGCUUGUCCAUCUCUACAGCGGACGCCUUUCUCCUUGUCUACGCUUAUGACAACAGUGACUCGUUUGAAGAGAUAAAACACAUCUGGGAACAAAUUAAAGAACAAAGAGAAAACUACCAAGAUAUUCCUAUCUGUAUAUCAGGAAAUAAAAGCGAUAUCACAGAGAACGAUAGGGAGAUUGAGGAGGAGACUGUGCGAAACUGGGUGGAAAGUGAGGGAUUACAAACCUUUCACAUCCAAGUGUCAGCAAAAGAAAAUACAGGGAUUCUAGAUAUCUUCCAAAUGCUCGUUGGUCAAGCGAAACUUCCUGAAGCUCAGCAUUUGGACAAGUUAUUAAAAAUAAGACGAGCGAGCAUGCAGUCCCUGCCCCCUGCUCACGAUGAUCAUGUAGAGUUGAUGGAGACCACCAAACCAAGCGGACGCCGAAAAUUUAGCCUAGGAGUUUUGGCAUUCGAAAUGCCCCGCAGAGAAAAACGAAGCCAUAGCGUGUUUGCACUCCCCAAUUUUAAAAAAGAGACAACUGUCCCUGGCAGUGCCACAUGCAACACGGAAGGACAGCCUAUAAGGACUAAAAUUAAGAUUCCAAAAGGAGCGUCGAAAAAAGACUGCAUCAUUUCAUAAUUACAGGAAAUUAAAAGGCAUUUAUUUAACAUGGACAGAGAAAACAAUGACUGUUAUCUUGCUUAUCGAUUGCAGUGAUUAUUGCGGGAUAUUCAUAAAGUGAAAAUUACUCAUUCUGUGUUUGUGCAAAUACAUACACUAACAUGUGAACUACACGUUCAUCUUCAGUAACAUAAGGUCACUUUAGUGCAUUCUUAGCUAUUUUCUUAAAUACAGCUUGAAGAAUAAUUAUGUAUUAAUUGUCUUUUUUUUCAAAAUUAUCAAAUACUACUUCCAGGUAUGUUUGUUGAGGAAAGUCCUUUAGACGGAUAUGUUAAGUCGAUUGUAGUUUCGGUCCAGAUAUAUGAAUGUACACUUAGCCUUGGUCCGNAUUUUUGCUCUUAUCACUUUAUGCUAUAUUUUUCUUCACUGUAAAUUCAUUCAGUACUGUGUCAGGUCAGACAGCAAUGCUUUGCAUGGAACUAAAUUAAUAAUGAGAGAUUUCGUCAACGGACGUAUAUGUUGUUCAAAGAUAUGAAUCUGGCAGGUAUGAAAUGCUGAAGAUAACAGCGUAUACUGUUUCCCCAGGUCUUUAGGAUAGAUUUAAUUACAAUGUCUGGUGGUAAUUGGUUACCCAAGUGCUGGAGGUGUAACGAUAUAUCUUGCAGAUAAGAACUGAGGGAGCAAAGGAAGUAUGGAAAUUGAUGUAUAUAUGUUUAAUACAUGGCUGUAGGGAG